AUGAUCCCCGCCGGAAGCAGGCGUUCGAAAAUCCGGCCACCCAGAAAGUCGCUAGGGGGCCAGAACUCAAAAACAGACGAUUCUCUAAGUUACGAAAGUGCAUGGUCGGUGCUAUCCAAUGCCAUAGUGCAGAUCCAAAACAAAAACGUUUCCAACUUACUGUAUGAACAGCUUUAUCGCAAAGCGUAUACUUUGGUAUUACGAAAGUACGGCGGGCGGCUAUAUGAUGACGUAUCCCGGUUGAUUGGGGAGCAUCUUGAAGCGCGGAGGAGAGCCAUUUUGAAAGUCUAUGAUGACGCUCUAACCUCAAAUGAUGAAGAAUUUCUCCAACUCACUAUGCGUGAGUGGGCAGAACAUCUCCAGCUGAUGAAGUUCAUCAGUGACGUGCUCAUGUAUCUCAACCGUGUCUAUGUCAAGGAAAACAAGCGCUUGCUAAUUUACGACCUUGGCAUUGUGUUAUUUGAUUUACACUUUGUGCGCUACAACAACUCGGAUAUUGGCAACAAGCUAAUUACUAUCAUCUUGAAUGAGAUUGGGAAGAGCAGAAAGGGCCAGGUUAUAACUACCAAGCUGUACAUUUCUCAAGUCAUUAGCAUGUUUGAAACUCUUCUGCAAGAACACAUAGGUUUGGCCAACUCUUUACCACAGGAGUUGUCGGGCUCCGACGAUAUGUUGUACCUGCUGCUAUUUGAGCCAGCCUUUUUGCAUAACUCUGAAGUUUUCUUCUCGAAUUUGGCCGAUGAAUAUCUUGCCUAUGGCCAGGGCUCCAAGUACUUGCAGGAUGUUUAUCAGUUCGUGCAAGAAGAGGAAGACCGAUUGAACCAAUUUGUAUCGGAUUCGACGCAUCUGAAGCUUGUGUCAUUGAUGAACAAUAUUCUCAUAAAGGACAAGAUCGACCGCGUCAUGUGCUAUCCUAUUGACCAGCAAGGCCUUCUGUAUUGGCUAGAACCAAUCAUGAUCCAGACAACGAAUUCAUCCGAACAGUUUGGUACCUCCAACGUCCGCAAUCAUACCGCAGAACUACAUAUUCUUUAUGAGCUCGUUGGUCGGGUUGAUCCCGAUCGGAAGCUUCUCAAAUUGCGCCUCAGAGACGUUAUUGUUCUGCAAGGUACAGAACUCCCAAAUAUUAUUCACACCAUUUUGGAGCAACAUGCCUCUGUUUCUGCACCAAAUGGCUCCAAAAAAUCAUCAUCCAGCAGUUCUUCUUCUUCCUUUGCCAUCCGCUGGGUUGACACGGUUUUGAAUUAUCAAAGACACCUCCUCCAGCUUGUCAAAGACGCUUUCAGUGGCGAUGUUUCUAUUGAGCAUACCAUAUUUUCAGCCAUGAGAGACUUCGUGAAUGCUUCAAACCAACCACAGAAAAAGGCAUCCAAUGCUGCCCCACUCACAAAUGCUCCAGAGCUUCUUUCCGUUUUCAUGGACUCUUCAAUCAAGCAGCUCUCGAAAGCUAAUAGCUCCAAAAGAUUGGCGACAGAUGCCAAUGCUAGUGUGGAUGAAACGGAAGAGUUUUUGCAUAAUGCAGUUGCUUUCUUGAAGUUCAUAAAAGAUAAGGAUGCUUUUGAGGCACAUUAUGCGGCGCAUUUCGCCAAGCGGUUUCUCAACUCCAAGAUAUCCGUAUCUGCUUCUUCGGGUGGAGGCUAUGGUGGAGAUUUAGAAGAGCUUGCAAUUUCAAAAUUGUCCGAAGAAUUGGGAAGCGCAUCUCUUGAAAAAAUCACCAGGAUGAAGAAGGAUGUCAACCAGUCGACCGAAUUGACAAGAGAAUGGAAGAACUACACGUCUGCACUCGAACUGGACUUAGUCGAACUCGAGUUGAAAAUUUGCCAUGUGUCCGAUUGGCCAAAUUCCAUGACAAAGGACUACAAGAGUUUUGCUAGUGUCAAUGGUACAGUGGGGUUCAUAUGGCCCAGCCAAUUCCGGGAGACUAUGAAAACAUUUGAAGAGUUCUGGCAGACAGGUAAGAAGAACGAUAACAAAACGUUAUUUUGGUGUCCCAAGUUCGGUCUGAUGGACCUUCGCAUCACAUACCCUUCAAAGACGUACGAAAUCAACCUAUCCACAUAUGCCGGUGUCAUCAUGAUGCUUUUUGCGCCUCAGUCGACGGAUGGAGAUGGGAAUCCAGUGCUGGCAUUUGAUGAGAAACGAGAGUUAACGUACGAGGAAAUAUUCGAGCUCACAAAUAUUCCAGAGGUGGACUUGAAACGACAACUCCAGUCAAUUGCAGUUGCUCCUCGUCUGCGGCUUUUAGUCAAGAUUCCAAUGUCUAAAGACGUCAAUCCUACAGAUAAAUUCAGAUUGAAUGACAAGUUUAAAGCGCCAGGAAAUAAGGUUAAGGUACUCACGGUGUCCUCUUCAUCAUCCGCCAAGCCCGAAUCUGGCAAGAAGUCUAUCAAGCAAGAAGAAUCGGACGAAGUGAAGACUAAUAUCGAGGAAAGAAGAAAGCAUUUGGUGAACGCUGCCAUCGUGAGGAUCAUGAAAUCGCGCCAGACAAUCAAUCACAACGACUUGAUUGCGGAACUUAUUAAACAAUUGCAAAACCAGUUCCAGCCGCUGACGCUUCUCAUAAAGCAGCGGAUUGAGGACUUGAUCGAAAAAGAGUAUUUGGAAAGAGACAAUGAUACUCCCAGCAUAUACCAUUAUGUGGCAUAG